AUGUCAAUUACACUUUCAGACUGGUCCUAUAGGGAAGCUGGGACUAGCGAGUGGUUUCCUUCACGAAAAGGACCAUGCUCGGAGAUUUUUCCAGAUCUCUUAUCUAAUGGUCAAAUCGAAGACCCCUUCGUAGAUGCUAAUGAAUUGAAAGUGCAAUGGGUUGCAGAAAAAGAUUGGGAGUAUAAAACCCAGUUUAAAGUCGUUAGGCAAGGGGAAAGACUUUCAUCUUACAAACUAGUUUUUGAAGGUUUAGAUACAUAUGCUACUAUCUUCCUCAACGAAAGACCUAUUUUAACAACAGACAACAUGUUCUUGAAAUAUGCAGUGGACAUAGAUCCAAUUUUGGGCGAUAACGAGCUAAGGAUUUUGUUUGAAAGCGCUUUAAAUGUUUCCAAGAGCUUGGAAAGGCAGCAUGGUGAACUCUUGUGUUGGAAUGGUGAUUCUUCCAGGCUUUAUGUUAGAAAGGCUCAGUAUCACUUUGGAUGGGACUGGGGACCCAGAUUAAUCAGUUGCGGACCAUAUAAACCUGUAGUAUUGGUACCAACUACCAUGGUUGAGAUGGAUGAUGUGUAUGUUAAAUACACUUUACAUCCUAGUUUAACUUUUGCUGAUGUACAAGUGUGUUUCGAACUAGAUGAAGCAAUCAACUUUGAGAUAGAAUGCAAAUUAAUUUCACCUAUAGAUGAGGUCUUAUGCAGCCAGAAGAAGUCUUAUGCUCUUCUUGACAAAUGCAUGCAUUUCAAAAUCAUUGAGCCUGAGCUAUGGUUCCCUCAUGGAUAUGGUAACCAAAGUUUGUAUACUGUAGAGCUCAAGUUCACUGUUCAAGGUAGUACAUCACAUCAACUAUUGAAGAAGAAAUUUGGGAUAAGAAAGCUAAGAUUAGUUGAAGAGCCAAUAGUAAAUCAGGCUGGAACUAGCUUCUACUUUGAAGUAAAUAAUAUACCAAUUUACAUUAACGGGGUAAAUUGGAUUCCAGCUCACUCAUAUCUUACGUUAUUGACAAACGAAGAUUAUUCACGUUGGCUAGAAUUGGCGAUAUCAUGCAAUCAAAAUAUGCUCCGUGUGUGGGGUGGAGGGUGCUAUGAAUCUGAUCACUUUUAUGAUGAAUGUGAUAGACUAGGUAUAUUGGUUUGGCAAGAUUUCAUGUUUGCCUGUGGACAGUAUCCAGCAAAUGUGCCCAGGUUUCUUAACAGUGUCAAACGUGAGAUCAAAUAUCAAAUAACUAGACUAAGGAGUCACUGUUCAAUAGUUUUAUUUGCAGGGAAUAAUGAAGAUUAUCAAAUUGCAGAAGUUUAUAAGUUGCAGUGGGACAAGAACGAUUUUUCAGGAGAUUACUUGGGUACAAAUUUCCCUGCAAGGACAAUAUAUGAAGUGAUUAUUCCUCAGUUUCUUAAUGAACUAGUUGAUCAUGUGGCAUAUCGAGCGGGAUCGCCUUGGGGAGGUAAAACAACCAGAGACAAUUCCGUGGGCGAUAUUCACCAGUGGGACGUAUGGCAUGGUACCCAAGAAAGGUAUCAAGAUUGGUAUAAGUUAGGUGGGAGAUUUAUAUCAGAAUUUGGAAUGGAAGCGUUCCCUGAUGUACGGACUAUUAGGAAAUGCAUUACAGACUCGUCCCAAUUGUACCCUCAGAGUAAGCUUCUUGAUUUUCAUAACAAGGCCCUUGGGUUUGAAAGAAGAUUAGCUACAUACGUAAUAGAAAAUAUUAGAAUUAAAAACAUGGAUUUAGAAAGCUGGAUCUACGCAACUCAGUUAAUGCAAUCUGAUUGCUUAGCUUAUGCACUUCGAAGUUGGAGAAGAAAUUGGAAGGGUAGUCAAGAUGAUUCCAGCAGAAAAUAUAUUGGAGGUUCCAUCCUUUGGCAGCUCAAUGAUUGUUGGCCAGGGACUAGUUGGUCAAUUGUGGACUUUAAUAGGAAACCCAAAUUAGCAUACUAUUCAGUUAAGAGAGAAUCGCGGAAGAUAACUUUAGGGAUUCAACGAAUAGAUGGAACCUAUAUAGAUAUUUGGGGAGUCAAUAUGUCAAAUUCUCCCAUACAAGGAACCCUUGAAGUUUAUUUUUACAAAGUAUCUACAGGAUUAUUGCAAAGCAAAAAAAUAAUACCAAAUGUUAAUUUAUUAAAAAACAGAACUAGUGAGAUAUGCUCCGAUCUCAGUCUACCUUCCUCAUUGGAUAUUGUUGUUUUUUGCAAGCUAAUAGAUGAAGACGAACUCUCUAUAAGUUCUACCAGCGACUGGCCCCAACCUUUAAAAUACUUGAACUUCCCAAAUAUAAGCAUUACAGUAGAAGUCCAAGAUGGGUAUAUCAGAUUAUCCACCACUUCACCUGUGAAAUGUAUCGAAAUAAUACCUGAAAAUACAGAGAUGUCUCUUGAAGAUAAUGGAAUAGAUUUGUUUCCUUGUGAGAGCAGAAUACUCAUCUCAAAAAGUAUAAAAAAGACUGAUAACGUAAACUUUAGAUACUAUUUGGAUGGAAGUUGA